GGGGCACGACUUUGUAUAGAUUAUCAUACAUAUACAUUGCAGCGGUGUGAGGAUCAUGAUGGGCGCUAGUAACUCACCACUAUGUUGAUUGUACCACGAAGCCGUCAUUACGGAGCAUUGCGACGCAAAGGGUGUCGUUGAGUUAGGAAAUGACGACGGGACCAAUCCAAGGUACGGAAAAACGGGCUGGAAGAAUUAAAUUCCGUGCACCUGCAAAAUCUAUAUUUGAAUUUGAGCUGGGUCCGUGGACGAUGCCGUCGAUCGUAUAUCACUUCGAUCCAGUUAGCUGCAUGGGAAAUUGAUGGUUUGACGCGAUUACGUAUGAGCCGAGGAUCGAGAGCCAAUUGUGCUCAAACCUGCCGUGGGCUGAAUCAUGGUUUCUUCGCCUGGGACUUUUAUUGAUAGAUUGAAUGGGCGAAAACGAAGUCGGACGUUGCGUGCAUCACACGUGUUGGGGUACCUCGAGUCACGAAUUGCGAGUCAUGGUGCGCUUCGACGGUAGGUCUUCAUGCAAAGCUGCCCAUGGUUUCUUGCGAAAAGCCGCAUCGACGAAGAACGCCACACGGGAGGCUCAGCUUAUCCGCAUGGUUGGCUGUACACCCAGUAAUGUCAGUGGAAAUGCAUUCUCCACGCCAGACAAAUGGGCCCCUAAAAACCAGUAAGCAUUAGCGGUGGAGUGAUGGUGCGAGGUAAGAUCUUGUGUAUGUGACCAGUAAACGGCAAGUGGACU